AUAACGAUACAACUGCUUACAGUCAAUAUCAUAACAAUCAAUCAAUAGCUAUUCAAGGUUCGUCUAUCUAGACCAUUGUGCUAUCAUACCACGCUAUCCAUUUCAAACGAUUACUUUCCUGUUGCUCAGCAUCUUUUAAUUGGUAUAAGAUCAAUCGCAUCACAAACAUACAAACAAACAGAUAAACGUCAUCAAGUGACAAAUCAAAUUAAAGCUUUGUAAAUCAUAACAUAGCUUGUUACUUACUUUCUAUUUCAUUAUAUUUGAGGAUUUCAUUGCUAAGAACUCUCAGAAAUAAUAUUAUGUUUAAUCUUAAUAGGCACUAUUACUUUUUCAAUUCAAGUUUCCCAGAUUCGGUAAUAUACCUUUGCAACCUUUAAGGAGACCCACCCAUUAUUCAUACAAUACUAUAGAUAAUAGAGAUUUAUAAACAGACAGACAGAUAACAGAUAAGCAACCACAAACAAAAAUCAAGUAUGGCUAAAAGUCCCAAAGUGCCAUAUCAUAAGAAUUCAAAGGCAGUUUCAAAUGGCUUGAAUUCAAAACAUUCAACUUCAGUUGGAGGGAAAAACUUUAAAUCAUAUAAAAAUCAAUAUUAUAAAAAUGGUCAUAAUAAUAGUAUAAAGAAUCGAAGAUUUAGUAUAGCGGAAUCAUCUUCAUCUGAUUCAGAUAAAAUUUAUGAUAAUGCUACUGUAUAUGAAGUUGAAUCCAUAUCAGAUUCAGAAUCUUCUUUGACGGCUGUUUCAGAUGAUGGUAAUAAUACUACAUCCAAACAAAAUCAAUUCACAUCCGCAAAAUAUAAUAAAAAGACUAAAAGUGGUAUUAAAGGUGUAAGUAAUAAGAAAAAAUCAUCUAAAAAGUCCAUAAAUUGGGAUUGGAAUCAGAAUAUAAAUGAUAAUUCCGAUGACUCUGAAGAUGAUGAUGACGAUGAUGAUGAUGAAGAAGAUUUAUUCUCUAGUUCAGAUGAUGAAUCAGAUGUUGAUUUCAUUAAAUUACAAGCUCAAAAGAAAGUAAAAUCACUUCAAGCUGCUCGUGCCAUGAAAGCUUUAAAAGCAAAACAAAUCCCCGUAACCACCACUAAUGUUGAUGAUGGUUCAGAUAUUGAUCUGGAAUUAGAAUCUGAAUCGGAAGUUGAUAUUUCUGAUAUAACUGCUCUUGCACAACAAAAACCCACCACUAAAAAACAACAAAUCAACGAUAAUCAUAAUAAUAAUAAUAAUAAUAAUAAUAAUAAAGCUAAAUUCGGUAGACGUCGGUCAGAUGCGGUAAUACCUGAUGGAAUCAAUUUCACAUUUGAAUUCGAUGAUUUCGAAAAGAAAGACAAUAGUGAUAAUGAAAAUGAUGAAGAUCAUGAUAUCGAUGAUGAUAAUGAUGAUGAAGAUAUGGAAUCUACCACUACGAGUAACGUUGAUGAAAAAUUCGAAAUACAAGAAGAAGAUAUUGGUGAAGAAAUUGAUAUUGAUACGGAAGGGAAUAUACCGAAUAAUGCUGAUGUGAUUGAUAAAGUUACUGAUUUUAAUUUUGAUUUUGAUAAUCAAUUAAUUCAAGUUCCUAAAAUCAAAGAAAGUGAAUUAAGUUCUGAUGAUGAUUAUGAAAUCGAUGAUAAUGAACUUUUAGCCACUUUACAGGCUGAUAAUGAUUUAGAAGAAUUCACUAAUAGUGGGGUUGAAAAACAAACUAAAUUUAGAAGAAGUAGUUCAGCAGAUUCAGUUGGAGAUGAUGAAGAAAAUGAUCCAUUUUUAAAAGAAGAAGAAAAAUUCUUAGUUAAUGAAUUUGAAACUAAUGGAUUUGAUGAAGAAGAAGAAGAAAUUGGUAUUGAAGAUUAUAAUUUCAGUGAUUCAUCCAAUCGUAAAACUUUAAUAAAUUCUUUUAAAGCCAUUGAUACUCAUGGUGAUUCAACACAUGUAUUACAAUAUGAAAGUAGUAUUGAUAGUGGAUCUGAAUCAGAAGUCGAAGAUGAUGAUGAAGAUGAUGGAUAUGAAGAUUUAAUUGAUUUUAAUGCUCCAUUUUUCACUCAUAACAAACCACAACAUAAUAAUAAUAAUAAUAAUCAUCAUACUGAUGAUGCCAGUAUUAAAUCACAAACCAAUAGUGAAGUACUGGAUAUAAAAGAUAAGAAAGAUAAACAUAAACAUAAGCAUAAACAUAAGACAAAACCAAGUGCCAUGAAUAGUGAUGAAGAUGAUGAUACCUAUUUAUGGAAUUAUUUCUUUAGUUCAGAUGAUGGAGGAUCAAGUGAUGAAGAAGAUAAUGAUGGGUACGUUGAAGAUGAUGAUGAUAAAAUAGCGGAUGAAAUUUCAAAAAGCAUGGAUACCAAAACUUCCAAUCGUCGUAUGACUUUAACUGCAGCCCUUAACAAUAAUAGAAGAAAAAGUGUCGCCCCAAAUCUUGAAUUCAGUGAUCGUUCAAACAUUGAUGAUGGAUAUGAAAGUGGAGAAUCUACAGAUGAAGAUUUAAACUUACCUACGUCAACCAAUAAAACCAAAGUUGGUUCACAAAAGGCUAAAGAAGUUUUAUCAUCCAAGACUGCAGAUUAUCGUCCUCCAAUAUUAGGUACUUGGGUUGCUCUUGAUAGUAAACCAUUUGGAAUUAUUGAUGGAUUAUCAACCAGAAUCUUACAAACUGGUAGUAUCAAUAAAGCAUUUGAAAUUAAAAGUAAAGCAAGAAGAAGUAUAGUAGCGGCUCAUAAUGAUGUUUCUGAUGAUGCUAUGGGAUUAGAUGAAUUAUUAAAUGUAAGUGAACUUGAUAAUGAUGAUGAGAAUGAUAUCAAGAUUUGGAGAGAUUUCAAUAGUCAAAAGAAAAAAGUUCCACUUGGGGCAUUUAGAAAUAAAUCAAUUUUACAAAAUGCUUUGGUUCAUCCUGAAAAUGUCACAUCUCAUUAUCAAACUAGUAAAAGUUCUUAUACUAAUAAUAACAAGCAUCGUAAACCAUCAGUGCCCAAAGUAUCCAGUCAUGUGAACAAGCCAAGUAGUAGUUCUAGAAAGAGCUCCGUAGUGGCUGUUUCUGUUGCUGCUAUACCUGCUUCUGCUAUUCCUGCUUCAAGUUCAUUAUCUACAAAACAAAAGAGAAGAAGAGCAUCAAUUGUGGAAGCAGUUUCAGAAGGGUUCAGAUCGACAAAAUCAGGUUUAUUCAAUGAAACUGCACUUCUGAAUGUAGAAGAGAUGCUUGGAGAUGAUAAUGAUCUUAUGGCAUUGAUCAAAGGACUUUGAAGUAGCUUUGUUUGUUUCAGUUUAUGGCAUCAUAUUUGUGUUUCAGAUUAUUUCUCCUAUCACACAAUGUUACAAAAGUAUAUUAUAAAAAAUUAAAAAAUUAAAUUAAAAUUAAAAAAAAAAAGAAAGAAAUUCGGUUUAUAAGUAAUUGGUUAGGGUGUUUUAAAUUAAAUAGUAAUGUAUAACUUUUUGAUUGUUUUAAAUGUGUUUCAGAAUACUGUAAAUGUAAGUUGAGCUUAUCAUACUUUUCUUUUUGUAAGGGUCGUGUGCAAAGUGCCAAAAAUAAAACCGUUUAAACGUAAA